AUGUCUUCGAGCAAGAUCAGUAGCCGGGUUUUUUUCACUCCGCGCAAGGCCACUUGUGUCUUCAUCAUCUUCAUCUGGUUCCUUUUCUAUCAUCUGCCAAGUCCACCAGUCACCCAAAACAAUACCCGCGCGGGCCGACCGUCCCCAAAGAAUCAGGCAGAGGAACGACCACACUUUUUAUUUCGAUCCCCGUUCCGAAAGUCUCCGGAUUUGAAAUAUGAGGAAGAAAUAUCGAAUGCCUUGGAGAGGCUUGCGCAAGUUGUGCUGUCCCGGAAUCAUGGGAACUCCAUAUCAGAGGAGAGGAUAUGGCAGGUUGCUUUAGGCGACGGGAUGAGGGGCGCAGAUUCGCAAGAAUUCGAGGCGAGGAAUGACGAGUGGGCAUAUACUGUAUUCUGCGAUCAAAAGGCCACUGAGUUUGUGACCACCGAACUAUCUACAAUUCCAGAUAUUGCGGAUGCAUAUAACUCUUAUCCCCAUCACGUUCUACGGGCAGACCUCCUUCGAUACCUGCUCCUAUGGUACUAUGGAGGCUUCUAUGCAGACAUGGACGUCUUCCCUGCUCGCUCGAUCAAAUCAUGUUCAGCAUUACAAUCGUUUUUUCCGACAUCAAAGGACUCCAUACAAAAUAGCAGCCCUAACGUAUCCCUCGUUGUUGGAGUUGAGGUUGACGAGCCAUACGCCUCGCCGCAAUUCAUGCGCGACUGGCAUUGGACAAGGAGCUACGGGUUGAUUCAGUACACAAUGUACGCACCGCGCCGUUUCAGCCCGCUGUUAAGAGAGGCAAUUGUUCAUGUUCUGUCGCACACAAGAGAGCACCGCAAGAGCCAUGGAGGCUUAUUUUGGAGCGCUACCUACGACGAGAAGACAGUCCUUGGAGUCACAGGCCCCGAUGUAUUCACCGAUUCUAUCCUUGACACUCUUUCUUCGUCUCUGCCGGAGAAUCAUACUUUGAUUCAGCAAUCGAUUGCGGCAGAUGCUGGUAUAGAUGAUCUUGUAUCUGAAACGGGUGAAGGCCUCAAACAAGUUUCUUGGGCACCAUUCCACAGGGUCCAGGAUCCCAUUUGCGUUCAGGAUCACGAGCAUAUCAAUGGCCAAUCGCAUGGUGGGCUAUGUGUGCUACCUGUGAGUGUGUGGGGAAAUGGGCAGCGACAUAGCCAAGCAGGUGGAUUUAAUGAUAUCAGCGCUUGUAUUAAUCAUCGCUUUGGUCGGACUUGGAAGAAAGGCUGGUGGGAGUAUAUAUUCGGUUGA